CAUCUGCCCAUAUCAGAAUAGCAUAGACCUUAACGUGAUUUGGUAUUUGGGGACGGAGGAAACCUAUUUGAUCGAAAUAGGCAGAUGGGCAUUUCUCAAUCCAUCUCACCAGCAAUGUCAAAUUAAUUAUCGGGACACUAAAUCGUUGAGAUUGUGUCAAUUCUAGUUAGAGCAUUGUUUGAAGGUUAUUGGCAUGUGAAAAAUUUGUAAAACAUGCAAAGGGCUCUGGAAGGAUCAUUGGUUGGCUUUAGUCACAAAAAAUCUGACACUCCCUCCUACUGAAUGAAUUUAUAAAAAAAUCAAGGCUUAUGUCAAAAACUUCCGUCCGUUAGGCUUAGCACGCACAGCGAUUAAACGCCCGCGUUUAACCACAGGUCUGAACCAGCAAAACUGUGCACUCAUUACUGAUUUUUUUCAGUGACUGAUAAAUAAAUUGCAACUUGUUACGUUUUUACCGCGGUGUGUUUGUGUCCCAGGAGACGCAUGUACGGCGCUUAAUCGCAUUCCGUUUUUAUUCAAUUUGAUCUGAGGUAAAUUUAAACAAAUGUAGGCAAAACGCUAGUCGCAGUGCGUACAUAUUGAUGCGCGUUGUUGCGUUUUUAGCUGUUCAUAAACCACGCGCGUUUAAUCGCAGUGCGUCCCAAGCUUUAGCUGGACGAGUCGUUACGUUUGCGUUUUGUACGUCGUUUUGAACCGGGCGUAAAUGCCUACUAGAGUAGGGCGAAAUGUCAAUGUCUUGUAUUUUUAUUUACUAGGUAUCAGACCAAAAUCCCUAGUGUUUAAUAAACUAUCGAAAUUCAACAGAUGUUUUCGAAAAAAAAUGUGUUCCUUUUUGAAUUUUAUGUUUGUAGAAAACAGUUUCCUAUAAUUUUAUUAAAUAGAAAAAACACAUACUACAAAAGUAACUACAGCUCAAAAAUUGAGGAAUCAGUGAACAAACAAAUUAAGGCGGAGCAGCAAGCUGGGCAGGAUUAUCUAAACAUAGCUGUGACAUUUCUUCAUCCUUCGAAAUCACAGUUUGGUGCUGGUGCAUUUUUUAUGAAAAUGUAUAAAGAAGAAUUAGAUCACAUGCAGAAAUUCAUAAAUUAUCAGAUAUUGCGAGGGGGAACACCUUUGAUAUCUGGAUUGGAACCACCAACCCCGCACAAGGAUCUAACACUUCUUGACGCAUUUAAACAAGGACUUUGUAUGGAGAAAGAAAUUACUGUGCUUUUAGAAAAUGGAGUUAAACUAGCUGAGGAACUCAAAGAUUUUCACUAUGCAGAUUUCGUCACAUCUCAAUUUUUGACGGAUCAAGUAAAAUCUAUUAAUGAAAUGGCUACCCACAUAACAAAACUAAUGGCAAUUGGCGAUAAUACCCAUGCCCUUUACCAUUAUGAUUUAGAACUUGAAAGAAUACAUACACAGACAAGGCAGUAG